GUCUCGUCCAUGACGCAAACGCGUCUGCCACUGUCCACCGCUGCUGCUGCUGUGUGUGUGUAUGUGGUAAAGUUGAAGUUAAAGCCGCUCAAACGUCUUUUGUCUUCCUCGUUCAGUCUCAGUCUUCGAGUUUCCGCUGCUCCGGCGCGUGUUUGCGUCUCAGUCUCUGCUCUGAAGCGGACGUGACCUUUGUUUGCGCGUGUUUUCACUCAAAGUUCGGCGGCAGUUAGCAUGUGGCUGCUAACCGGCUAACAGCAGUUUGCAGUGGAGUGAACGUGACAGGAAGCAGGAGCGGCCUCAGGUACAGUUUGGGAAGCGGUUGCCAUGGAGCCGGCGUGGCGUCAGCAGGGUCGCGGUCGAGGCCGCGGCCAGAACGGUCAGGGUGAACGGUCACGACCCCCGCCGAAAGAGAGAGAGAGGCCGGGGGUCGCCGCGGGAGCGUGGGCUGCAGGACGUGGAGGAAAGAUGAAGGUCGCCGCGGUGACUGAGCCUGAGCCUCCACAGGGUGAGGACACGCCCCCUCUGAUGUCCUCAGAUCAAACUGAUUAUUGUUUAUUGAUGAUUGAUUUUUCUCCACUGGCAGCUGCAUCAGUCCAGUCCAAGUUUGAGGAGAUCAGGAAGUCGAACCAGGCCGCUGCUCAGCGAUUGGUGCAGAGUCAGAUUAGCUCCUCCUCCUCCGAUGAAGAUGAUGAAGACGACGAUGACGGAAACCACAAGGACGGAAAGAGAGGGAAGAUCCUGGCAUCGACCUUCACCACCUACACAGACCAGACAGGUGGUGAUGUCACUGGUCUGGUCAGGACCGGUCAGUACGUCAGUGACCUGUUUCAGUCCGGCGCCCUCACCUGUCUCAUCUGCAUCGCGUCCGUGAAGAGAACACAGCCGGUGUGGAGCUGCAGCAGCUGCUUCUCUCUCUUCCACCUUCCUUGUAUCCAGAAAUGGGCGAGAGACUCCGCCUUCCUCGUGUCCUCCGUCACCGACGACGACUUUGGUCAGAAGCAGCACCCGUGGCCCUGUCCAAAGUGUCGAGCUGAGUAUCCUCCCAGUGCCACGCCCAACAGGUACACGUGUUACUGUGGGAAACUCCAGGAUCCUCCUGCUGACCCCUGGUUGGUCCCUCACUCGUGCGGCUCCGUCUGUCAGAGGGAGAUCAAACCCUCCUGUGGACACACCUGUCUGCUGCUCUGUCACCCCGGUCCCUGUCCUCCGUGUCCAAAGAUGGUGGCUGUUUCCUGUCUGUGUGGCAAAGCUAAGCCCCUCCCCCGUCGCUGUAGCAACAAGGCUUGGUCGUGUCAAAAACAGUGUGGCAAGUUGUUGAGCUGCAAACAACACAAAUGUACACAACCCUGUCACACAGAGUGUUCUCCGUGUCACAGAGUCAGUGUUCAGUCGUGUGUGUGUGGCAGAGAGAAAACUCAGAGGCCGUGUGCGAGUCCUCAGUGGAACUGUGAACAGGUGUGUGGCUCUCUGCUCUCCUGUGGGAAUCACACCUGUGAGGUCAAAUGUCACGACGGAGUCUGUCCUACGUGUCCUCGCUCGGUCAGCAGAACCUGUCCCUGCGGCAAAACCAAGUCGUCUCUGCCCUGCACAGAGGAAGUGCUGCUGUGCGGCGACACGUGUGAUCGUCCUCUGUCGUGUGGAAAACACACGUGUUCAAUGAGGUGUCACAGAGGAAGCUGCGAGACAUGCAGACAGGAGGUGGAGAAGGAGUGCAGGUGUGGUAAAUACAGGAAGUUGAUGCCGUGUCAUAAAGAAUACCUGUGCGACUCCAAAUGUCCAAAGACCAGAAGCUGCCAGAGACACCAGUGCAGGAGGAAGUGUUGCCCCGGUAACUGUCCGCCCUGCGACCAGAGCUGCGGCCGAACGCUGGGCUGCCGCAACCACAAGUGUCCCUCCGUGUGUCACCAAGGGAGCUGUUACCCUUGUCCAGAGACGGUGGACGUCCCAUGUACAUGUGGAAAAACCGCCUUAGUCGUCCCAUGUGGUCGAGAGAGGAACACGAAACCACCACGCUGUAAAGAGACGUGCAGGGGUCCUCCGUCCUGUCACCACCCGGCCAGAGAGACCCACCGAUGCCACCCCGGUCCCUGCCCCCCCUGCAGACAGACCUGCCUGCUGCAGCUGCCCCGCUGCAGCCACACCUGCCCUCAGUCCUGCCACGACCUGGUGCUGGUCAAGUCCCAGCAGGUGCAGUUAGCGGGUCCGUGGGAGCAGCCGUCCGAACCCGCGUUUGUGAAGAAAGCGCUGCCCUGUCCACCGUGUCAAGUACCGAUCCCAACGGCCUGUUUUGGAGAACACGAGGUCAGCCCGGUGCCGUGUCAUCGUCGGGGUCGGUUUUCCUGUAAACGAUCUUGCGGACGACCCCUGACGUGCGGCAACCACGACUGCAGCAGAGAGUGUCACCUGGUAACCGGCGGCAACAAGGUGGUGACCUCGUCAUGGAGUUCAAACUCAUCAGAUCAGUCCAUCUCUCGCGCUCUCACCAUCUCUCUCUCUCUCUCUGUCCAGUGUGAGGUGUGUGACGAGGGCUGCCGUAAGCCCCGCCCCCCUGGCUGCCCCCACACCUGUGCCCGCCCCUGUCACCCGGGCGACUGCCCGUCCUGCAGCCAAAUGAUCCGCCAACGCUGCCACUGCAAGAUCACCAUGCUCUAUGUGGAGUGCACGAAGUUAACAUCAGCUGAUGAGAAGACGAAGAUGCAGCUGAGCUCCUGUAACAACCAGUGUCCUAAAGAGCUGAGCUGCGGUCAUCGCUGCAAGCAGAUGUGUCAUCCAGGUGUGUGUGAGGAGAAAUGUCAGCAGAGGGUGAAGCUGCGGUGUCCCUGCAAGAGGAUCAAGAAGGAGUUCCCGUGUUCUGUGUCGACUCAGACUGACGUUCAGUGUGAUGACGUGUGUAGAGACCAACAGAGGAAGAUCAGCCAGCUGAAGGAGGCGGAGCAAAGAGCGGCUCAGGAGGAAGAGCAGAAAAAACUUCAGGAGGAGCUGGAGGCGUUCGAGAAGCGUCAGCAGCGAGGAGGUCGCAGGAACAAGAAGCGCGGGAGGCGAGAGGAGGCGGACGACGAGCAGGAGCGUGCGAGGAGGUGGUGGAGGAAGUGCGCCGCCCUUGUGCUGGUCCCACUGGGCGGAGCUCUGCUGUCCGCCGCCGCCUACUACCUCCUGACCACACCCUGAAAAAACACGUUGUCAGGGGAACGUGUGAGAACAUGGCUGCCUCCUCUCUCUCAGUUGUUUUUCUGUCGCACUUAUUUACGUUUUAUUUUACAUUUGAGACAAAAUAUACGAUUUUAGUGGAAUUUUCCGAACUUCCCAAAAACAAAACUGUUGUCGUCAGGCUUCACGUACUCAAAAAGUUCGCACUCACUAUGUUAACUGUUGGGGGGGAGGGGACACAGUUACUUUUAUCGUAAACAUUAGCAACAAUUAACGUGACAAUUUACAGCUGAACAUCUCACCAAUGUACAGCCCCAGUGAUUUAUUAUGCAUUGCCACAAGGGAGCAGUCAUUCCCCAACCUCACGAUUUAUUUUUCCCAUAAAAAAAAUGUUGACUGAAAACGUGUCAGCAAAAUUUAUCGUAAAAAAGCAGAUUUAUUUUUACAAUGAUCACAUCAUUCAUCGCAGUUCUUUUGAUGUAAAAAGAGAUGCAAAUUUUCUGUACAACCUGCAUAUUUUUGCCCAUUCAAAAAUAUGUUUGCUUUAUUGUGGGUUAACCCACGUGACUGCCUUUAAAAAUUAGCUUCCUGUUUGAACACACCUUAUAUUAAACUUCACUUUUUUUUGUUCGUAGUAGAAACGUUAGUUGGACGUGAAGCAACGUAUUGUUAUGAUUUAAAAUAACCAACGUAAACAAUGUGACGCAUACGUUAGCGCUAAUUGGCAUUGCCUGCGGAAACUGAACUUGUGGAACUGGACUUACGCAGUUAACAAUUAUUUCCAUAAUCAAUUAUUAAAUUUUUUUUCUUGACUCAAAGUUGCGAAAAUAUUUUUAACUCGUAAGAAGCACGUUAUAGCUAGCCUCAAGUUUGUUCAGUAGAAACAUGAUUGGACGCAGCUAAAGUGCUAACUUCUGACGCAAUUAAAGGUUUGUCACCUAUUUACGUCGUCGCAAAUGAGCGUUUUAAUUUAACCUUCAAUAUUCCUGUUUUCAAGUUGUGUACGUUUGGGCGCUUCUUUGUUCAGUUAAAUGAACAGAAAUCGUUCUUAAUUGUCUUAAAUAAAAUAAUAAUUUACGUCUCUUAUUUAGUUUGUGGUGAAAAUGCUUAAAUGUGAAGUUUCCUCAGUUAGAAAAUUUCAUCCGAAACUAAAUUGUCUUAUUUAGGUGCUAAGAUGUUAAAAAAAUAAAUUUUGAACAUUUAAAUGUAAACUCAAUUUUUUUCCUGUUCCUUUUUGUUUGUUUGAAAAUUUAAAAAAUAAAAUGUAGAAAACCCAUUGUGAUUGUUAUGAUUUUUAACUGAAAGAAAAUGUUUCUCUUUUCCAGGUCGGCCGUUCAGAAUCUGAAGAAAGAUUUGUUUUACAGACGGGGGGCGCUAUUCUUUCAGAACUUCAUCGUAAGAUAAAGAAGGAAUUCAAACCAAAUAAUUUUUACUUUUAUAAAAGUUUGUCUCAUGAUAAAAAAAAAAAAUUGUUUUGCAGUCGGUGGUGAAAAAUCAAAUGUCCUCCUGACUCAAAGUGUCCUCACUCGUCAGGUGUUUUGUCAAAAACCAGGUCUGGUUUCACAGCUCGUUCAUAAAGAUGAGGUGGCACCAAAAUCCCCCUCCAGAAAGAAAAGUGUGCUCAGUGAAAUUGGAUCGUUUUCGCUAACCAUUCUGUCCAUGUAAAAAAACAACAGCGAUAGCAAACUAGCUGAAACGUGGUCAAACGAUUUAGCGCGACACACUAAGGUAUACGUCAACUGUGUCAUGUUAGUUAGCUAAUCACAUCGCGUUCUUUUCACAUUUACCCUUUUUUCAAUUUUUUACUUCUGUUUUUUCUAGCCUUUUUUUAAUGCGUAAAAAAAAAGAAAAUAACCUUGUGACA